CUCCCCUUGCAAUCAUUCUCUUUUCUUUUGCAAUAUUACAGAAGGUCCCCACUCAAUCCAAUCCUCUCUCUCUCUCUGUACUUUCUCUCUCUUGGUCAGGAUCUCCACACCCCCAAUCCAGACCAAGCCCACAUACACCGAUCACACCUACUACCACCACCACCACCAACACCCCCACACCACUUUGCUUCCGCCGCCGCCGCCGCCGCCGCCAUCCUUCAGAUCGGAGAUGCAAUGAGCCUCCGGCAGCGUCCGCCACCGGUCCAAUCCCACCACCCUGGUCCAUCCCACGGCUCAAACCGGCCUUACUCCGACACCUCCGAAGAGCCCUACAACAUAAUCCCCAUCCACAACCUCCUCGCCGACCACCCCUCCCUCCGCUACCCCGAAGUACGCGCCGCCGCGGCAUCCCUACGUGCCGUCGGAGACCUCCGUAAACCUCCCUUCAUCCAAUGGCACGACCACAUGGACCUCCUCGACUGGCUCGGUGCCUUCUUCGGCUUCCAAAACGACAACGUUCGCAACCAGCGAGAGCACCUCGUACUCCACCUCGCCAACGCCCAGAUGCACCUCACUCCUCCUCCCGACAACAUUGACUCCCUCGACCCCGCCGUCCUCCGCCGCUUCCGCCGCAAACUCCUCAAGAACUACACCUCUUGGUGCUCCUUCCUCGGACACAAAAAAUCCAACAUCUGGAUCUCCGAAAACACGCGACGAGACUCCGAUCACCGCCGCGAAUUGCUCUACGUCUCGCUCUAUCUCCUCAUCUGGGGUGAGUCCGCUAAUCUACGCUUUGUUCCUGAAUGCAUUUGCUAUAUUUUUCAUUGUAUGGCUAUGGAACUCAAUAGAAUUCUUGAGGAUUACAUUGAUGAGAACACUGGUCGACCUGUUUUGCCCUCAAUUUCUGGUGAAAACGCCUAUUUGAAUCGGGUUGUGAAACCCAUUUACGAAACCAUUCGUGCCGAGGUAGAAAAUAGUAGAAAUGGGACUGCCCCACAUUCUGCGUGGCGGAAUUAUGAUGAUAUCAAUGAGUACUUUUGGACUCGGAGGUGUUUCGACAAGUUGAAGUGGCCAAUUGAUGUGGGUAGUAAUUUUUUCGUCACCACGAGUAAAGGGAAGCAUGUGGGUAAGACUGGAUUUGUGGAGCAGAGGUCUUUUUGGAACUUGCUUCGGAGCUUUGAUAAGCUUUGGAUUAUGUUAAUUUUGUUUCUUCAGGCUGCAAUAAUCGUUGCUUGGGAGGGGAAGGAGUAUCCGUGGCAGGCAUUGAAAAUUCGCAAUGUUCAGGUUCGGGUUUUGACUCUGUUCUUUACUUGGAGUGGGUUCAGGUUUCUUCAGUCACUUCUUGAUGCUGGGAUGCAGUACAGUCUGGUUUCAAGGGAGACUUUGUCGCUCGGGGUGAGAAUGGUGUUAAAGAGUGUUAUUGCUGCUGUGUGGAUCAUUGUUUUCGGGGUUUUCUAUGGUAGAAUUUGGACCCAGAAGAAUCGUGAUAGAAGCUGGUCUAGUGAGGCUGAUAAGCGAGUGAUUACUUUUCUAGAGGUUGCAUUGGUUUACAUAGUGCCGGAGCUUCUGGCACUGGCUCUUUUUAUUUUACCCUGGAUUCGGAAUUUCCUAGAGAAUACAAAUUGGAGAAUCUUUUACUUGUUGACAUGGUGGUUUCAGAGCCGAACAUUUGUGGGUCGUGGCCUUAGGGAAGGCCUUUUGGACAAUAUAAAGUAUUCUUUAUUCUGGGUUGUGGUGCUUGCUACAAAAUUUUGCUUCAGUUACUUCCUACAGAUCAAACCCAUGAUUUCUCCGACAAAAGCCCUCAUGAAUCUUAAGGAUGUGAAAUAUGAGUGGCAUGAGUUUUUCAGUAACAGCAAUAGGUUUGCAGUUGGCUUGUUGUGGCUUCCUGUGGUCUUCAUUUACCUCAUGGAUUUGCAGAUUUGGUAUUCAAUCUACUCCGCAUUUGUUGGUGCCGCAGUGGGGUUGUUUGACCAUUUGGGUGAGAUACGAAACAUGCAGCAGUUAAGGUUGAGAUUCCAGUUCUUUGCUAGUGCAAUUCAGUUUAAUCUCAUGCCUGAGGAGCAACUUUUAAAUACAAGGGGAACACUGAAGAGCAAGUUUAAUGAUGCAAUUCACCGGUUGAAGCUGAGGUAUGGGCUUGGCCGACCCUUUAAGAAGCUUGAAUCAAACCAGGUGGAGGCAAACAAGUUUGCCUUGAUAUGGAAUGAGAUAAUUACAAUAUUCAGAGAAGAAGAUAUUAUCAGUGACCACGAGGUUGAGUUGUUGGAGCUGCCUCAAAAUACCUGGAAUGUUAGUGUUAUCCGCUGGCCUUGUUUACUCCUCUGCAAUGAGCUGUUGCUUGCUCUCAGCCAGGCCAAAGAGUUAGUAGAUGCACCUGACAAGUGGCUUUGGUAUAAAAUCUGCAAGAAUGAGUACAGGCGUUGUGCUAUUAUUGAAGCAUACGACAGUGUAAGGCACUUGCUGCGUGCUAUUGUCAAAUCCAACACUGAGGAACAUUCCAUCAUAACAGUUUUGUUUCAAGAAAUUGAUCAGUCGAUUGAGAUUGAGAAGUUCACAAAAACAUUCGAUAUGAAUGCAUUUCCCCAGAUCCAUGCCAAAUUGAUAGUUCUGCUUGAGCUGUUGAUCAAGCCUAAGAAAGAUAUUAACAAGGUGGUGAAUAUUCUUCAGGCUCUUUAUGAAAUUGCCAUUCGAGACUUUUAUAAAGACAAGAGAAGCAGUGAUCAGCUGAGGGAGGACGGUUUGGCUUCUCGUAGGCCAGUUUCAAGCGAGGUGUUGCUUUUUGAGAAUGCCGUCGAAUUGCCUGAAGCUGAUAAAGAGACAUUUUACCGACAGGCUCGGCGCUUGCACACCAUUCUUACAUCUCGGGACUCGAUGCACAAUAUCCCGACAAAUCUUGAGGCAAGACGCCGAAUAGCAUUCUUCAGCAACUCUCUGUUUAUGAACAUGCCCCAUGCUCCCCAAGUUGAGAAAAUGAUGGCUUUUACUGUAUUGACUCCUUACUACAAUGAAGAAGUGCUGUAUAGCAAGGAACAACUUCGAAUUGAGAACGAAGACGGGGUUUCCACUUUAUAUUAUUUACAGACUAUCCAUGCAGAUGAAUGGAAGAAUUUCAUGGAGCGGAUGCGCGGAGAGGGAAUGGUAAAUGAUGCUGAAAUAUGGACAGACAAGCUAAGAGAUCUUAGGCUUUGGGCAUCAUAUAGAGGCCAGACACUCUCCCGCACUGUGAGAGGAAUGAUGUAUUACUAUCGGGCUCUUCAGAUGCUGGCUUUUCUUGAUUCUGCGUCAGAGAUGGACAUCAGGGAAGGAUCACAGGAACUUGCCUCGAUGAGACGAAGUGGUAGCAUGGAUGGAUUCAACUCAGAAAGGUCACCAUCUACGAGGAGUUUGAGUAGAGCAGAUAGUUCAGUGAGUCUGUUGUUCAAAGGCCAUGAAUAUGGGACUGCUUUAAUGAAAUACACUUAUGUGGUUGCCUGCCAGAUAUAUGGGGCUCAAAAGGCAAAAAAGGACCCCCAUGCUGAGGACAUUCUGUAUCUGAUGAAAAACAAUGAAGCUCUUCGAGUGGCCUAUGUUGAUGAGGUUUUCUCGGGGAGGGAUGAGAAGGAGUAUUAUUCUGUUCUGGUGAAGUAUGAUCAACAGUUGCAGAAGGAAGUGGAGAUCUACCGAGUUAAGUUGCCUGGCCCCUUGAAGCUUGGAGAAGGAAAGCCGGAGAAUCAGAACCAUGCCCUUAUCUUCACUCGUGGUGAUGCAGUCCAGACCAUUGACAUGAACCAAGAUAACUAUUUCGAGGAAGCUCUCAAGAUGCGGAAUUUAUUGGAGGAGUUCAGACACUACUAUGGUAUCCGAAAGCCUACUAUCUUGGGAGUUCGAGAACACAUUUUUACUGCCUCUGUCUCAUCACUUGCAUGGUUUAUGUCAGCUCAAGAAACAAGUUUUGUCACCUUGGGGCAGCGCGUCUUGGCGAAUCCUUUGAAAAUUCGAAUGCAUUAUGGCCACCCCGAUGUCUUUGAUAGAUUCUGGUUCUUGACUCGGGGAGGAAUCAGCAAAGCUUCCAGAGUAAUUAAUAUCAGUGAGGACAUUUUUGCCGGUUUCAAUUGCACAUUACGAGGCGGCAAUGUCACUCAUCACGAGUACAUCCAAGUUGGUAAGGGAAGGGAUGUUGGAUUGAAUCAAAUAUCUAUGUUUGAGGCCAAGGUUGCAAGUGGAAAUGGUGAGCAAGUCUUGAGUAGAGAUGUCUACAGGUUGGGACACAGGCUGGAUUUCUUCCGGAUGCUGUCAUUCUUCUACACUACUGUGGGUUUCUUUUUUAACACACAGAUGGUGAUCCUUACUGUCUAUUCUUUUCUGUGGGGCCGACUUUAUCUAGCACUUAGUGGAGUUGAGGCUUCUGCAACGGCAGACAAUAACAACAACAAAGCACUGGCUACAAUCUUGAACCAACAGUUCAUCAUCCAACUUGGUUUCUUCACUGCACUCCCAAUGAUUGUGGAGAAUUCUUUGGAGCAAGGGUUCCUUGGAGCCAUAUGGGAUUUCAUAACAAUGCAGCUUCAGUUGUCAUCUGUAUUCUACACAUUCUCCAUGGGAACUCGUGCCCACUACUUUGGCAGAACCAUUCUUCAUGGUGGUGCAAAGUACCGGGCAACUGGGCGUGGUUUUGUUGUGCAGCACAAGAGUUUUGCCGAGAAUUAUAGACUUUAUGCUCGUAGCCACUUUGUGAAGGCAAUUGAGCUUGGGCUGAUACUCAUAGUGUAUGCUUCAUACAGCCCCGUAGCUACUGGCACCUUUGUUUACAUAGUAUUGACCAUCUCAAGUUGGUUCUUGGUUGCGUCAUGGAUCUUGGCUCCAUUUGCUUUCAAUCCAUCAGGUUUUGACUGGUUGAAGACAGUUUAUGAUUUUGAUGAUUUCAUGAAUUGGAUUUGGUACCGUGGUGGCGUGUUUGCAAAAGCUGAACAGAGCUGGGAAAAAUGGUGGGAUGAGGAACAGGAUCAUCUGAGGACAACUGGCCUUUGGGGAAAGAUUUUGGAAAUAAUCCUUGACCUCCGUUUUUUCUUUUUCCAGUACGGGAUUGUAUACCAGCUAGAUAUUGCUGCUGGGAGCAAAAGUAUUGCUGUUUACUUGCUCUCUUGGAUCUAUGUGGUUGUGGCUGCUGGCAUUUAUAUGAUUGUAGCAUAUGCUCGGGACAAAUACGCUGCAAGAGAACACAUAUACUAUCGAUUGGUUCAGUUCCUCCUUAUUAUUCUUGCCAUUCUUGCAAUCAUUGCCUUGCUGGAGUUCACCCACUUCACAUUUGUUGAUCUUUUCACAAGUCUUUUGGCAUUCCUUCCUACUGGGUGGGGCUUUAUUUUAAUUGCCCAAGUACUCCGUCCUUUUAUACAAAAAACCUUGAUUUGGGAGAUUGUUAUUUCUGUGGCUCGGCUAUACGACAUAAUCUUUGGAGUGAUUGUUAUGGCUCCUGUGGCACUACUAUCAUGGAUGCCUGGUUUCCAGUCGAUGCAGACAAGGAUUUUAUUCAAUGAAGCAUUCAGUAGGGGCCUGCAGAUAUUCAAGAUAUUGACAGGAAAAAAAUCUAAAGCUGACGUGUGACUUGAGGUUUGGAGUUGGCACGAGGCGUAGAAACAUGUAGAAGUUGAGAGGCUAGUAGAUUGUAGAGGUUCUUGUGUGUAUGUUGUUACAGUGGUGGCAGUCGCCUAUUCAUUUCACCUUCAUUUGAUUAAGGGAGCAGAUUAUGCCAACUGGUUUUUCAAUCAUCACUGGGUUUAUCUUCCUUUUUACUGUUGUAAUUAAUCAGUUUUUCAUACUUACAAUUCAUGUUUUGCAUGGGGACUUGUUAUUUGUGAUUAUCAAUCCCCCGCAGGUUUUAACUUUACAGCGAUACGCAUUUGUCUAUUGUCAGUAAACCAGUGUGGUAGUCUAGUCUGAUUAUAAAUUUUUGUGUUGUUUUCUCACAAUGCGGCUAUUUAUUUGUUCAUAUUUUUUUGUUCCUGAUGUUGAUACAGUUCAUUGUACUAUAGAGAUUAAAAGGGCAAUGAGGGAAAAUGUGUGCUGUUUUUUUUUGCU